UUGGAAAACCGCUAAUCGGCGGUCGCCAUUAUUCUUCCUGGCUUGACGGUCAGACAAAAGGCGGAUAAGUACUUUUUAACUGAUUAUUACGGGGUAAACUACAGUAUUCUAAGUUUAUUCCUGCAUUCGGUUGGAUAUCUUAUGACUCAGCAGUACAUCCCGGGCACAAGAUGGAGAAACGGUCUGACACUAAAGGUGCCCUUCCUUUGGCCUCCCUUCGCUUGAUGGCUUCCCCUCUGCAGCUGACUUACUCGUACAUAUGGCAGGUCAUUCGGCAGAGAAAUGUGAAGCAGUACGGAAAGGUGGAAGACUUUGUGACCAUGGUGACGCAAACUGUUCCUGAGGUCAUGAGUGUCAAGCAGACUGCCCAGCUCAUCUUGGGAUUGAGGGCAAGGAUCAUUUUGGAUUUGCUCCAGAAAGAUGGUCCACCAGAUUCUCGGGCUAUUCAGCUGCUCAUUAAUAAGUUGAAAGUUUCAACAUCUUCAGGGAAGGAUGCUGAAGUGGAGAAAUCUCAAACUAACUUCAUGGUCCUUGUCCAGAAUCUACUUAAAAGCCCUGCUGAGAGGAAACACUUCUUUCAGGAAGUGUUCCCUGUUCAAUAUGGCACAAAGUUUGAUACAGCACUGCAGGCUCUGACUGCUGGAUUAGUGUGCAAACUGGAGCAACUUCUUCCUGUUCCUAAUCUAUCUCAGCUUGGUGCCAUGAUCUCAACGGAACCCUCUGUCCUGGAGGCAUGUGGCGGCUUCAUCCCUGAUCCCGGAGACCUGAAGACUCUGCUCCUGCACCAACAGGCAAAGGGACUCAUUAGUGUUAAAGCUACUAUCUCCACUUCUGUGGGCGACUGUGUGCUGUCCUCACUUGCCUUCAGGCCCAAACCAGCAGAACCUCCACCACCAGAAUCACCCAAACCAUUAGAGGUGACCCUCAAUGACACCAGUCCCACCUCUCCAAGUGACACUGAAGAUUUGGGAGUGAUGUCAGAUGACUCUGAAAGCCCCGCAGUCCCAGCUAGUGAAACACAAGGGACAGGGCAAUUUAGUAAUAAAACAGCUGAUGGCACUGCUGCAAAAGGAAACAGUGUUACACCGACUGAACCAGUAGUACAGGAGAAGGAAUGCACACAGCAACAGCCAACUACAAAUCCAAGUACAGCUACAACUACACAGAAAACACAGCCACCACCAGAUAAACCAGAACCCCAACAGCUACCCCUCAAGUCAAUCCCAUUCAGGGUGGUUCAAGUGCCAAUUAAAACUGCUUCAACUUUGCAGAAUGCAAGCAGUGCAGGAACAAAAGAUGGCCAAAAGCCAGUGACUCAGCGAGUCACAUUGCAUCAGUGGGUGUCACAGAUCGCCACUAACACACUCUCUCUCCCAGCCUUGCCACCACUUCCUCCAGCCAGGCUGACUCUGGAUGAUGACCCCAGACCGAGCAUAAGACGAAAAAAGCAAAUUCGGCCUCCGGCAGACAGAUUUACCUGUAGUGUGUGUGAUAAGAGCUUCCCUUAUCAGUCCAAGUUGAUGGACCAUGAGCGCAUUCAUACAGGAGAGAAGCCUUUCUUGUGCACUGCCUGCAACAAAAGCUUUAGAACACAGGCAUUCCUGAACAAUCACCUGAAGACCCACAGCACAACACGCCCCUACGCUUGUGGUCAGUGUGGGAAGUGUUUCACCAAAUUACAGAGUUUGACAAAGCACAUGCUUGCUCACAGUGGCCAGAAGCCCUUUUACUGUAACAUCUGCAAUAAAGGCUUUACGCAGUCCACAUACUUCAAAAGGCACAUGGAGUGUCACACCAGCCAGAUGACGUUUCCCUGCAAGCACUGCAACAAAAGCUUCCCAACAGCCUUCAAGCUGUCGAACCAUGAGCGCUGGCACACUAGAGAUCGUCCUCACAUGUGUGAACGUUGUGGAAAGAGAUUCCUCGUCCCCAGCUUGUUGAAAAGACACAUGGGCUACCACAUCGGUGACCGUCAGUAUCUCUGCUCUCAGUGCGGAAAGACCUUUGUCUAUUUGUCUGAUCUGAAGAGGCACCAACAAGACCACGUGCCUAAAGCAAAGAUCCCCUGCCCUGUUUGCCAAAAGAAGUUCUCCAGUAAAUACUGUCUGAGGGUUCACCUGAGGAUCCACACCCGGGAGAGACCAUACCGGUGCUCAAUAUGCGAGAAGACCUUCACCCAGGUUGGCAAUCUGAAGGUUCACAUCAGGUUACACACCAAUGAGCGUCCUUUCAGCUGUGAUGUGUGCGGGAAGACCUACAAAUUGGCAUCCCAUCUGAAUGUCCACAAAAGGACCCAUACUUGCAAAAAGCCCUGGACGUGUGACACCUGUGGAAAGGGAUUCUCUGUCCCCGGCCUCCUGAAGAAACACGAGCAGCUGCAUACGCGGGAGGCCAACCCUGACUUCUCUGGUGGUAAACGGAGACACAGGGGCAAACACAAGAAACACUCACUGAAGAGGAAGUAUGAUGAGGACGAUGAAGGCAGUGAUGACUAUUAAUCAGUUUUAGAUUUUUUUACGAUUCUCUGAUAAAUCACUGAUUGACCUACAGAUCUUUAUGAGAAGCUCCCAUAAAGGAAACCCAGUGAAGGUGGGAAUUAACAGUUUUUUUCAGUUAUUUCGGUUUAAUUGAGUUGGGUAAACAUAUUUGGAGUACAUUAUCUUUUUUCAGGUAAUCAUGCUAAAACAGCCACACUGAGUGAAAUUCAUUGUAAGUGGCAUCCAAGAAAUUGGAGCAACUUUUCUAUUGAAGUUCAUUAUUUUACUGAAAUCAUAUGAAUGUGAUUUUAAUAAUUAGGUGAUGUAACAAAUAUUUAGGUAAUAAAAUGUACCUGAAGCUGUCAAAGGCAAGUUGUCAGUGCUUUGUAAAUAUUUUUUAUCACAUGGGGUGUGAAGUUUAAGAAGAAAAGAGGUGUAUGCUUUUAACAUUUCAUUUCAGAAAAGGAGCAUUAUGUAAACAAAAGUGUUUCCAUAUGUGUCUGUAGAUAAAAUACCUGCAGUGGAAUUAAAGGCUGUAGUAUUAAUAGGAAUCUUGUGGAUGUUGAACAUCACCAGACGGCAUACUCGAAGUCUGAAUGGUAAACUUUACACCUAGACCGCUUUUGUCAUAGAGUAAAAUUAGACUCAUGUAUGUUUAUUAGGAAACUAACGUUUAUUAGUAGACAGUUUCCUUGCUUUGCUAAUGUUGUAUUAACACAUUUUUACACACUGUGCUUGUGCACGGACAAAAGAAAAAACAUUACGCAAAUGUGUUAUGAGGCAGUGCUGUACAAUGUUCAGUUUCAUGUCGCUUAUACUUUUGUGAACAACGUACAGUAAAGACUGAAAGUCAUUGUACACCUGGUCUGAAUCUUUUCUUUGUUUAUUACACAUUUUUGUAUUUUAAAUAAAUACUCAUAUGAA